UGUCACUGGAUGAAUGAGCGGAACAAGGGCAAGCUGGUCGAUCUAGGUUGGUGAGAACUCGCUUCUGGUUUAGGACACCAAUGGACAAACGGGUGUGAUAAAAUGGUUGCCAGGGUCCGAGCGUAAUGACAACUUCCUGUGGGCAAGGAGACGAGCCGAAGCCCAUCUCCGGUUCUCCAGCAGCGUCCGCCCAUCAUGCCACAACCCAAGCUGAAGUUGGUGGUGACGGGAGAUGAUUUUGGGUACUGCCCUAAGCGGAAUCGCGGCAUAGUGGACUGUUUCCAGGCCGGAGGUAUUUCCAAUGUGUCACUGCUGGUCAACGCUUCCGCGGCGAAGGACGCAGCAGAACUGGCUAAAAGGUAUCGGAUUCCCAUCGGUCUCCAUGCCAACCUCUCUGAAGGCGAGCCGCUCUGCCAGAGCCUGAGGCACGGAUCCACCCUGCUGAACAGGGGGGGCUUCUUUCAUGGAAAGACGGGUUUCCGUCAGGCACUACAGAGAGGACAACUGAGCAUGACAGAGGUAGAGCUGGAGCUGAGGGCCCAGGUGAGGCUGUUUGGGGAACUGAUGGGUCAUCUGCCAUGCCACAUGGACGGCCACCAACACGUUCACGUGCUGCCAAAGGUGCGUGAGGUAUUUGCACAGGUCCUGUCUGAUUUUGGCAUCCCAUACACACGUGUUCCAGUGGAGCCUGGUUUGCACACCUGUCCUUGGUUGCCCCUGCAUCUCCAGGACUUCUAUGCACAGGUAGAGAAAGAUGCACUGGAGUCCAUACCUAUCUUCAGACGCUAUAGAAUCAGGUGGCCUGACGUCUACCUUGGACUAAGCACCAUGGGCCAGAACAUGUCUAUCUCAAACCUGAAAAGAGCCCUGAGACACGCCAUGGAAGCAGGUCCUUCAUCUGCUACCAGCACAUCCCCAACAGAUCAGCCUGUUCUAACGGCAGAACUGAUGGUCCACCCAGGCUAUCCCAGUUUACCCCAUGAGGGUGGCUGUGGGGAGGGGCCCGAUGACUUCUCCCAGUCAUCUGACAGGCAACAUGAGCUUACCACCCUUAAGGACCCCUCACUCCUUACCUUCUACACCCAGGAGAGAGUGCAGCUUUGUGCUUUCAAAGACCUAUGAGUAUUCCUGUGUAGAAAUUAAAAGGUCUAUACAUGGGGCUUGUGGGUUGUUUCAGGUCCUCAAAUCUGCAAUGGGUAAAGCUUGCUGUGUGUUGGAAUCUUUUAUUUUAUUUUACCUCAAGCAUAUUUGUAGUUAAUGAUUUAUACUACUCAUGCCCAUAUCAGGGGUAGUCCAUAUUCUAACCUCCAGAGCAUCUUGAGAUUUUUACCUAAACCUUUCAUCCUCUUAAUAGGUGUAAAGAUGUAGUGGAGUGAUGAAAUCAUAAUUUAUUCAUUUCCCACUGGGUUUGGUGUUUACUCCUGUUUUCAGCUCAAAGUGUAUUAACUCUGACCCCUGUUGCUGGAGCCAAAACCAGCCCUUCUAAUUGCCCAGGCUCAGCCACGCCCCCUGGAGGAUGAGCGUAUAAUUCAAAAUAUAGCGAACAAGCAGCAAAUACUGGCACAGAUAUUUAGCGUAGUAAUGGGAAUAGAUGCCUCAAGGGAAAG